ACGUCGCAAUGUUUAACGUUUAAUUAAAAAUGCCUUUUAUUUGCGACGAAGUAGCGAAAACGUCGCAGAUGAUUUCAGUUUAAUUUUAGUUUUCAAUCGGGCCCUAAUUUCACUUUGCCUUCUCCGCCUUUCUUCUCUCUCUCUCUCCCCCUCCGGUCAGUCGUCUGCCGCCCACCGUCGGCCGUCCCCCGUCAGCCCUCCUCCAUCUCUUUCGGCAUCUGAACGCCGCUGCCGAUCUCCGUCCUCCUCUGUCCACCACCGUCUGCCGUCCGUCCCUCAACAGCUUGAAGGUAUACUUGUUAAGUAAAGCAUGCCAAAAGAUAGGAGUUGGGUUUUAUUGGAUGAUCGUCGGUUAGAAAUAUAUCAAAAGGGAUGUGUGGAAUUUAUGGAUUUUGCCUUUGCUAACUGUGACGAUGAUAAUAAAAUAAGAUGCCCAUGUAGAGACUGUAAGUGUCGUAAAUGGGGGGAUCGUGAAUUCGUGCAUAAACAUUUACUUUGGAGGGGCUGGGAUAAACUUUAUGGGCAACGCCGAUGGACUCUGCAUCGAGAGUCCGAAGAAGAAUACAAUGGCGAGGAAACGAACAAUACUAAUCAUGUAGAAAUUCCCGAAGUUGCGGUUCUAAAUGAACCUGGUGGUGUAUGUGUUGAUGUUAGUGAUGACAUGGAUGACUUACUGCAUGGGAAGGUAAAUUUGAAGUCCAAAUCAACUAAAUACAAGGACUCGAGAAAGAAAGUGUCGACAGACCACCAUUGGGGUCGAACAAGUAUCAAUAGUUGGUCCUAUAGUCAUUUUAAAAAGUGUGGCAAAAAUCCUACGGUGUUUGAUACGUAUAAGAAAGCCUACAUAGGCAUUGAUGCGUUGAGGGAAACCAGACCAUCUAUUAGUGAGGAAGGGGAGACAGAAGAACCGUAUAACGGGACAGCAACUCCUGAACAACUUGUCAUUUCGGCUGAUUUGGAGCGAUUUUAUGAUGAGACCAUUCGUGAUGGAAGUGAUGAAAGCACGGCUAACUCGAUUGCGACUGAAAAAGGGGAAAAAAGUAAAGGCCUUGAAAUUGAAAGUGCAAGCACAAGGAUUGGAAAGUCGAGAUUUUCUUCAACACCAUCAGAAGUGGAGAUUCAAAUUAAGUCAAUGCAAGAACAAAUGCAAAUGAAAGACGAAAAAGUGAAUCGAUUGGAAGAGCAAUUGAAGGAAACCCGAGAAACAACGCAAAUUAAAAACGAAAAAGUGGAUCGAUUGCAAGAGCAAUUGCAGGAAACCCGAGAUAUUGUGAACACCUUGCUCGAGCGUUUUAGACAACAAGAAUUACAAUCCUCGACGUCGACUCGUCGUAAUGAUAGUGGAAUAUAAAAACGGAUGAAGUUAGUGUGCCUUUUGAAGUAAAGUUUGUAACAACAUUACUACAUUUAUGCUUUGCUUUUCAGUUUUUAUGUACGUUUUAAAUUGAUGUUUGUGUGCGACCUUGAUAUUUAAUCCGUAAUAGGGGUUUUAAUAUUUUUUAUUUAA